AUGACGAGUGCCCUGGUUUACGACCGCGGUCUCACCCGCGCAGACUAUAUUGUGCUGAAAAAUCUGGAAAACGAUAUUUCUCAAAGACGAGAUGUUCACUCAGAUGCCAAAGUCGACAGCGACUGGGACCAUGUCUCAUCCGAGUCUCAGACUGAGCCACAGCAGGGCAGCGAGACGGACUCAGCUGCUAAAGACAUCGCCCUCCUCAAGUCCAUGAGAAAUCCGGCAGAUGCUCACUUUGAGCCCACUAUAUUCGUAUCCAUCGACGACCUUCCUAGCCGUCUCCCCAAAUUAGUCAACAAGCUCCUUCUACAGCCAUUUAUCAGCUGGGCACGGAAAACAGCACGUUAUGAGACGGACGUGGUGUUCAUUGUGCAUCUGAUACUGUACUUUACGACCUCAGUACCAAGCGCAAUUCUCCUGUUCCGAAACUUCAAUCUCCUUCAUGGAAUUCUUCAUGCCAUCAUGCAAGUCUACUAUGUCGGCACUUAUACUCUUAUGAUGCAUCAGCACAUUCACCAGCGUGGAAUCCUGGCCAAGAAAUAUGGCACAUUCGACAAGCUGUUCCCAUACAUUACGGAUCCCUUGAUGGGACAUACCUGGAACUCAUAUUACUACCACCAUGUCAAGCAUCACCACGUUGAGGGCAACGGCCCAGACGAUCUCUCAUCAACAGUCCGCUAUCAGCGAGACGACAUCUUCCACUUUCUUCACUACGUGGGCCGUUUCUUUUGCCUCAUUUGGCUGGAUCUUCCCAUGUAUUUUGCCCGAAAGGGCCGCUGGGGAGUGGCUAUGCGUGCGGCGGGUUGUGAAUUUGGAACCUACUUGUUCUAUUAUACCAUGGCAACCUUUGUGAACAAGAAGGCCACUAUUUUUGUGUACAUCAUCCCCUUUUUGUUGCUACGACUGGGAUUGAUGGCGGGCAAUUGGGGCCAGCAUGCCUUUGUUGACCCCGACGAGCCGGAUUCUGAUUAUCGAUCCAGCAUCACCUUGGUGGACGUUGCAAGCAACAGAUUUUGCUUUAACGAUGGUUACCAUACUUCCCACCAUCUCAACCCACGCAGACAUUGGCGUGAUCACCCAAUCCACUUCUUGGAGCAACGUAAGACCUACGGCAAAGAAGCGGCAAUCUUGUUUCACAACAUCGACUUUCUUAUGAUCACCUACCGCUUGAUGGUCAAGGAUUAUGAUACCCUUGCGAAAUGUAUGGUCCCUCUCGGAGCCCAGGCAGAUCUCACUAUGGAGGGACGAGUCGAGUUCCUGAAGCGUUUGACGCGCAAGUUUUCUGAAGAAGAUAUCCGAAAGAAGUUUAAGAAACAGGCGUAA